UUGUUUUCGUAUUUUAUAUUGUGAAAUCGUGAAAUUAAUUGGAAACUAUUGUACAAUAUUUUGAACUUGUUUCAGAACAGUGUUAUUCUUCAAACAUUGCCGUGUACGUGUACAAAUCUAACGUUAAAAUCAACAUUUUGUAGUGCGAGUGCGUCAUAAUAGAAUCGACUGUGAUUUUUCUCUAUUAGGCGUAAUUUUCUUUGUAAAGAAUGGCAAAUACAGAUUAUGUUGCGACGUUAAAGAUUCUAGUAAUUGGGGAGAGUGGUGUGGGUAAAUCCAGCAUAAUCCUUGCUUUCACAACCGGAGACUACAAUGCUUCAUUCCCGGCCACAAUCGGAGUUGACUAUAAAUGUAAGGUGAUGGAUGUCAAUGGAGUCAAGGUUAAACUCGGUAUCUGGGACACUGCUGGACAGGAACGCUACCGCACAUUAACAUCCAGUUUUUACAGAGACGCACAUGGCGCUAUUUUAGUUUACGACGUAUCUGAACCAAAGUCCCUUGCAAAGCUUAACGAAUGGGUUGAAGAACUGCAAGUAUACUCCACAAAGAAGAACAUAGUCUGUUUAGUAGUCGGCAAUAAGAUUGAUAAACAAAACCGCGCAGUACCAAGGGAUCAAGGUCAGGCAUUCGCACAGAAACACAGGAUGUUGUUCAUUGAGAGCAGUGCCAAGACACAGGAAGGCAUCAGCCUCGCUUUCGAAGAACUUGUGCAAAAGAUCAUAGAGACUCCAGGACUUUGGGAGUCUGGGGGAUCUUCGUCAAACAUCCGCAUAUCACACGACGAGAGGAGACAACAAGAAGAAUCUUCAUGUUACGAUUACACUUGCACCAUCUAGACUAAGCUGGGAGUUGGCUUACGUCUGAAGAUUUUUCUACUGUCUGUAUCUAUUCGACUGUGAUGUACCUAAGCUUGUUAGAUUGCAUUUUCCAAGUACCUAGAUUAGUUGUCAUAUUUUUCCUAUUUCGACACAGCGCAGUCAGUAAUUUUCCUUUAAAAUGGU